AUGACCACCAUCGUGUCUCCUGGCGACGGCCAGACACAAACAUCGCAUGCUCUGUUCGACCCUGAGCCUCACUACGGCGAUGGCGACAAUGAUGCCUUAUACAAUCUGUUUGCGACAUGGCCAGAAAACUACUUCAGCAGUCUGCCGAAGCCGCAUGGCAAUCGCGGCGUCGAUGAACCGUAUUGGGCAUUGCGGCAGUCACGAAUAUUCUUGGACGACUGUUUCCGCGGCGGCGGCGCCAGGCGGCUAUUUACCCCAGUGAUUCCAGACCCCGACAAGCUUGAGAGAGCGCGCUUGCGAGAGCAGAUGAAAUCGAAAGACACCGACAAUUACAUCGGUAGCACUGUUCGCUUCCAGUCCGCCUUGUAUUUCGCUCAAGAGCAAGCAAAAUCUGACGCAAAGUUGGCUCUCGAACUGGCCAAGCAUUGCCAGAGGCUUGGUCCAUGGCGCGUUGAUUCAGGCGUUCUCGACCCGUCGACAUCGCCACUUCAGGUCCAGGUUUGA